UGGUCGGACCCCCCCCCCCACACGUUCUUGGGGCCAAUUUUCUGUUAACUUUCAGUGGUGUCACAAGGUACCUGAGAAAACUAACUUAAAGGUGGACAAAUUUAUUUGGGGCAUGGUUCCCAAAGUUUCGGUCCGUGGCCCCUUGCCGUGUUUGUCCCCAGUAAAGCGAGUGGUGGAGUGGAGCUGCUGAGGUGGUGAGGCCAGGAAGAGGAGAGGGAGAGGGUAGUUUAAUAACAAAGUCUUCCUCGGAGACCACCAAACUCUGAAUCCUUGAAAAGCUUACUCCAUUUAUGAAGUCAGUGUUCUGUUGGUCCAGUCACCACCCAAAGGCCCCACCUCUGAGCACUGCAACACAUGAGCCGUUGGACCCGCGGCCGCCAUCUUGCUCUGCGCUGAGGAAAGCCCUGAGGGUGGUAGAGUAAAAAGAUGGCACCCACCUGCACAGGGAUGAUGGGAUUGUGCCACUAAAGCAGCCCGCGUGAGAUCCUCUCCACUUGAGGGCCCCCCAGCCCUCCUUAUUGCAUAUCUUCUGACUGCCCCCACUGUGGCCUACAUGUCAUCGCCAGGGGACUUUAACCUGCUCCUGGAGCCUGCUCACCCGUCUGCAGGUCCCCAGGAAUGAGUGCCCACUGGGAGCUGCCCUGAGCGCUGACUGAUGGGCAGAUGUGUGAACCUCGGAUUUGAAGAAGAAGAAGGAAAAAGGAAGAGAAGAGGGAGAAGCAGCUGGCGAAGAUGAAGAGAAACCUAGUGAGAGCGAAGGAGCUUAAUUCCGUCGCUUCUGAGCUGUCUGCACGGCAGGAGGAGAGUGAACAUUCUCAUAAACAUUUAAUUGAACUCCGCCGGGAAUUUAAGAAAAAUGUACCUGAGGAAAUCAGAGAGAUGGUGGCGCCCGUAUUAAAAAGCUUCCAAGCCGAGGUGGUGGCCCUUAGUAAGAGAAGUCAGGAGGCGGAGGCGGCUUUUCUGAGUGUUUACAAGCAAUUAAUUGAAGCACCAGACCCUGUGCCUGCGUGUGAGGUGGCGCGCGGCCCAGACGACAGACUGCAGCACCCCAGCUUCGACUCCGGCGCACAGCCCCGGCGAGAUAGCCACACCUCGUGGAAGAGACACCCCGAGCUCCUCGGCCCCAAAGAGCAGAAAGAAGGACUGUCCCCCGCCGGGCCCACGCUGACCGAGGGGACCCGCCUCCCGGGCGGUGCCGGGAAAACCCUCCUGACCGAAACCUUGCUGCAGAGAAAUGAGGCUGAGGAACAAAAGGGCCUCCAAGAAGUACAAAUCACCCUGGCAGCCAGACUGGGGGAGGCAGAGGAGAAAAUCAAGGUGUUGCAUUCAGCGUUAAAAGCCACACAGACCGAGCUGAUAGAGCUGCGGAGGAAGUACGAUGAGGAGGCCGCGGCCAAGGCAGAUGAAGUCGGCCUGAUCAUGACGAACCUGGAGAAGGCUAACCAGCGCGCGGAGGCCGCCCAGCGCGAGGUGGAGAGUCUCCGGGAGCAGCUCGCCUCGGUCAACAGCUCCAUCCGCCUGGCCUGCUGCUCCCCGCAGGCACCCAGUGGGGACAAGGUGGGCUUCACGCUGUGCUCGGGGCCUCGGCUGGAGGCGGCCCUGGCCUCCAAGGACAGGGAGAUACUGCGGCUGCUGAAGGACGCGCAGCACCUCCGGAACUCGCUGCAGGAGCUGGAGGAGGCCUCGGCCAGCCAGAUCGCCGACCUGGAGCGGCAGCUCACGGCCAAGUCGGAGGCCAUAGAGAAGCUGGAGGAAAAGCUCCAGGCACAGUCCGACUACGAGGAGAUUAAGACGGAGCUGAGCAUCCUGAAAGCCAUGAAGCUGGCCUCCAGCACCUGUGGCCUCCCGCAGGGCAUGGCCAAGCCCGAGGACUCGCUGCUCAUGGCGAAGGAGGCCUUCUUCCCCGCUCAGAAGUUCCUCCUGGAGAAGCCCGGCCUCCUGGCCAGCCCUGAGGAGGACCCGUCAGAAGACGACUCCAUCAAGGACUCGCUGGGUGCCGAACCGCCCUACCCUUCCCCGCAGCAGCUCCCGCCUCCGCCAGGGCCUGAGGACCCCCUGUCCCCCAGCCCCGGGCAGCCCCUGCUGGGCCCUGGCCUCGGGCCUGAUGGGCCUCGGACUUUCUCACUGUCCCCCUUUCCCAGCCUGACCUCGGGGGAGAGGCUGGCCGGGGACGCGCUGCUGCCCAAGCAUGUGAUGCCCCCGGCAGCCUUCAAGGGGGAGGCAGGCGGCCUGCUGGUGUUCCCGCCGGCCUUCUACAGCACCAAGCCCCCCGCGGCCCCUGCCACCCCGGCGCCCGGCCCCGAGCCCCCGGGGGCCCCCGAGCAGGCAGACGGUGUCGGGGGCAGCACGGCGGCGGCCGGGGCGGAGGAGGAGCAGCUGGACACGGCGGAGAUCGCCUUCCAGGUGAAGGAGCAGCUGCUCAAGCACAACAUCGGGCAGCGCGUGUUUGGCCACUACGUGCUGGGGCUGUCGCAGGGCUCGGUCAGCGAGAUCCUGGCCAGGCCCAAGCCCUGGCGCAAGCUCACGGUGAAGGGCAAGGAGCCCUUCAUCAAGAUGAAGCAGUUCCUGUCGGACGAACAGAACGUGCUGGCCCUGCGGACCAUCCAGGUGCGGCAGCGAGGCAGCAUCACCCCGAGAAUCCGCACGCCUGAGACAGGCUCGGACGACGCCAUCAAGAACAUCCUGGAGCAGGCCAAGAGGGAGAUCGAGUCGCAGAAAGGGGGUGAGCCCAAGAGCUCGGCGGCGCCCCCGAGCGUGGCCAACGGUGCGGCGUCCGCCAGCACCUCGGAGGACGCCAUCAAGAACAUCCUGGAGCAGGCGCGCCGCGAGAUGCAGGCGCAGCAGCAAGCGCUGCUGGAGCUGGAGGCGCCGAGGCGGGCGGGCGGCUGCCCUACUACCCGGCCUACGUGCCGCGCGCGCUCAAGCCCACCGUGCCGCCGCUCACGCCCGAGCAGUACGAGCUGUACAUGUACCGCGAGGUGGACACGCUGGAGCUCACGCGCCAGGUCAAGGAGAAGCUGGCCAAGAACGGCAUCUGCCAGCGCAUCUUUGGCGAGAAGGUGCUGGGCCUGUCGCAGGGCAGUGUGAGUGACAUGCUGUCCCGGCCGAAGCCAUGGAGCAAGCUGACGCAGAAGGGGCGGGAGCCCUUCAUCCGCAUGCAGCUGUGGCUCUCAGACCAGCUCGGCCAGGCCGUGGGCCAGCAGCCCAGCGCCUCCCAGGCCAGUCCCACGGAGCCCAGGUCCUCGCCGUCGCCACCCCCGAGCCCCGCAGAGCCCGAGAAGAACCCCCAAGAGGCUUUGAGCCUGUCGCUGGAGAGCAGCAAGGAGAACCAGCAGCCCGAGGGCCGCUCUGCCUCAGUGCUGGGCGGGAAGAUGUACUCGGGCAGCCAGGCCGCGGGGGGCAUCCAGGAGAUCGUGGCCAUGUCCCCAGAGCUGGACACGUACUCCAUCACCAAGCGGGUCAAGGAGGUCCUCACAGACAACAACCUAGGGCAGCGGCUGUUUGGGGAGAGCAUCUUGGGCCUGACACAAGGCUCCGUGUCUGACCUGCUGUCCCGGCCCAAACCCUGGCACAAGCUGAGCCUGAAAGGGCGAGAGCCCUUUGUCCGCAUGCAGCUAUGGCUCAAUGACCCCCAUAACGUGGAGAAACUGAGGGACAUGAAGAAGCUGGAGAAGAAAGCCUACCUGAAGCGCCGCUACGGCCUGAUCAGCACCGGCUCGGACAGUGAGUCCCCGGCUGCGCGCUCCGAGUGCCCCAGCCCCGGCCUGCAGCCGCAGGACCUGAGCCUCCUGCAGAUCAAGAAGCCCCGCGUGGUGCUGGCGCCCGAGGAGAAGGAGGCGCUGCGGAAGGCCUACCAGCUGGAGCCCUACCCCUCGCAGCAGACCAUCGAGCUGCUGUCCUUCCAGCUCAACCUCAAGACCAACACGGUCAUCAACUGGUUCCACAACUACAGGUCCCGGAUGCGCCGGGAGAUGUUGGUGGAGGGAACCCAGGAUGAGCCAGACCUCGACCCCAGUGGGGGCCCUGGUGUCCUGCCACCAGGCCACUCCCACCCGGACCCCACCCCACGGAGCCCGGACUCGGAGGCUGAGGACCAGAAGCCUGCUGUGAAGGAGCUGGAGCUUCGGGAGGGCCAUGAGGACGGCGGCGCGGCGCUGGCCGCCCCAGACAGGGUGCACGUGCAGAUCAAGCAGGAACAGACUGAGGAGGGCGCUGCGGAGGAGGUGGACAGCCAGCCCCAGGACUUUGGGGAGCCAGACAGAGGCCAGGGGCCUCCCAAAGAGGAGCAACCCGGCCCCCCGGGGGGUGAAGAGCUCCCAGAGGCGGCCACAGGGCCCCUCCCGGGCGGGGCCCCCGCAGACUGCCCCUCGGUACACCCCUCCCAGGAGAGCGAGGCCGGGGAGCGGCUCCACUCGGACCCUCUGAGUUUUAAGUCAGCCUCGGAGUCCUCACGCUGCAGCCUGGAGGUCACGCUGAACUCACCCUCCGCAGCGUCCUCACCGGGCCUCCUGAUCUCGGUGUCACCCGUCCCCUCUUCCUCGGCCCCCAUCUCCCCAUCCCUGCCCGGCGCCCCCCCUGCCAAAGUGCCGAGUGCCAGCCCCACUGCUGACACGGCCGGGGCCUUGCACCCCGGCGCCAAGGUGAACCCCAACCUGCAGCGGCGGCACGAGAAGAUGGCCAAUCUGAACAGCAUCAUCUACCGCCUGGAGAGGGCGGCCAACCGGGAGGAGGCCCUGGAGUGGGAGUUCUGAAGGUGGGUGCGGGGGCCGGGCACCCCCCACGGCCGCCCCCUCCUGGCACUUGCUCUCCUGGACAGAACUCCCCAUCCGAAUGUGGACAGCAGUGUUAUGCCAUUUACGUUUUUUGUUGUAACCCUAGUGCUACAAAGUUGGGAGUGAGCAGGUGAGGCAGGCGCGUCGCCCCUUCCUUUGGCAUCCCCUGCCCAGGGGCACGAGGAAUCCUGUCCCUCCUCCCCGCUCUCACCCCUCUGCAAGAGGCGGGAGCAAAACGGCGCCACAUUUUCACCCCAGAACUCCAAACUCUUUUAGAAAAAUAAAGAAAUAUUUAUAGACCUCUUUUAGAUAUUUUAAUAAAGGAUCCUUUGGAAUUUAUUCCCAGCCAAUGCUGUUUUGAUAUUACAGAGAGUUAUGAAAUCAGGAUACUGUCACAACGGUUGCAAAGUAUACACUGAAGUUGUGUCCUUUUUUCUUUGCCACUAGAUGAGAUUAAAAGAUACUUGUUCAAAGCCAUCAUAAAACACUAAGAGACUGACCAAAUUUAGAUAACCUUUGAGCCACGGUUUUUGCCCCACUCCUGUCUGUGAGACACAGUGCAUUGCUACUGCCCUUCCAGAAACCGUGCCGAAAAGAGAAAGUCCAAAAGACUCUAAAUAAAACCUUGAUGCCGUUGAGGAUGUGUUCCGUUCUGGUGGUCUCUUGGCAACCUUUGUAACCCGGACUGCCCUGCUCCGCGGCCAGUGUGCCAUCCUGCAGGUACGACACAACCUGCUCACACUCCCCGAGUCAGAAAACUGGCCACGGAGGUCAGACGUCCGUCUCAUCCGUCCGCAGACAAGACCUGGGGCAGCCCGGUGUGGGGGCAGGGGUCAGUGAUGCUCGGGCCAGAGUGACCCUAUUUCCUGACCUGAGUCCUGGCCACCCCAGGAAGUUUCCCACUGGGAUGAGCAUGAGCCUUCCGGAGAAGACUGCAGCUGCCAUCUUCCCCCACAUGUUUGCAGAAAGUAACCGUGUUGGUCACCCCACAAGCCCUGAAGCUUAACAACCAGCACCGAAAAGUAGACUCAUCAAACCGGAGGCCCCUACUCCUCUUGCCUCCAUCUUCUGGCUUGAGUCUGACCUUGGGGUAUCUCUGGACGGCAUCUGCAGCUCCAAGUCCACAAAGGCUGGAAGGCCAAGUUCAUCACAGCGUAUCCACUGUCCCGAUGUCCACGCUCACCUUUCUUUCCAGCACUUGGCCUUCUGGGGGCAAAGACUCAACUCCCCAACCCCGAGGAGCCCUUUCUCCAGCAUCUGCGUCUCAGCUCUUGGGGGAGAGGGCCCGCUUGGAUGGGAUGGCCGCCAUAUUGGUUGUUGGAUCCCUCUUCUUUUUACUUCUUUUUUUUCAAAUUCUGUGGGAAGCCAGGGAUAUAGCUCAGUAGCAUAAGUGCCUGCCUGGCAAGCACAAGGUCCUGAGUUCGAUUCCCAGUAACAAAAAUGUCAAAUUCUGUGGAAAGGCCCAAUUGGGUGACACCCCAGAAGGAAAAUGAAAAGGUGACCAUAACUGAUGCCAGUCCAGUGUCACGGGGCGAGGGACAGGGUGGGAUGGAUGCCAUGAACAUUUGGAAGCACACAGGCAGAAACCCUGUGACCAGCAAGGGACAAAUGAGGACCGUUCCACAAAUCCCAACUCUCAGGCACCCGGCCCGGCCACAGUCUCCACACCAAACAGUCAAUCAAUAUCCAUCCAGCACUCCCUGAAGGAGAACCUUCUUCUCCAUACUCCCAGGCUAUGCAUUGAAGAGUUUUCCACUGUAGACAUUUUUAUCCAGAUGAAGGUAUUUUUAUAUUGUGACCAUAGGAAAUAGUAACCAAGUUUCAGAGUAACCCAGUCUGGAACAAACAAAACAUCUCCUUUUAGCCGUCCCGGCCACCUGUUGCCGUUAGACACCCUUAGACACCCGUGGGGGAAAUAUCACUUUCUACUCUUGAAACCAACACGAUGUUGAAAUCCAGGCUUCCACGCAAACUCCGAUUCUUCAAGAACUCUGUGGCUUUAGUGUGACGGGAUUGGAUCAAGCACUUAGUCUAGUCUUUUGAACACAGAAAUCCUGUUGUGCUUAAAGCCGCCGGACCCGUGAACACCUUUGUCUGGUUCACGUCCCGCAACGGUUAAAAAAAAUAAUAAUAAUAAAAUAAAAUUAAAAACCCACAAAACUGUUUCUAUAAGAGAUUGAUGAACUUUGUUUAAAAUUUUAAAAAAAGGAACACAUUCUGUAAACGAGUCGCUAAAUACAGAAUUGUAUAAUAA